CUUCACGUGUUAAAAAAUGUGAAUUUGUUCGAUUUUUAACAUAAUUGUUAAUUAUUUGACUUCAAUAAUCAAUUUUCAUUCCACGAAACGUAUGUGUAUAUGGGGGCACAUAUUUAUUUGGUAUAAUUUUUGCGGGAAUUGUUUGAACUAAAAGUUGCCUAUCUUAAGAGAUGGCUUAUGACUGGUUUGAAUCCAUAGGGCGGCCAAAAUUUGUAGUCGCACCUAUGGUAGAUGCCAGUGAGCUGGCUUGGCGACUUUUAUCCCGAAGACACGGUGCUACAUUGUGUUAUACUCCCAUGUUCCACAGUAAUGUGUUUACUAAAGACCCUAAGUAUAGGAAAGAUAACAUGGUUACUUGCGAAGAGGACCGUCCGCUUAUCGUCCAGUUUUGUGGCAAUAACCCUGAAACAAUGGCAGCUGCUGCAAAACUAGUUGAACAUCAAUGUGAUGCCAUUGACGUUAAUCUUGGCUGCCCCCAAUCCAUAGCAAAGAGAGGCAGAUAUGGAUCAUUCUUACAAGACGAUUGGGAACUCCUAAAGAAAAUUGUCAAAGCGAUGUCAGAAGCAGUGUCAAUACCCAUAACAUGUAAGGUGAGGAUAUUUGAAAGUAUUGACAAAUCUGUAGAAUACGCACUCAUGUUACAAAAUGCUGGAUGUCAAAUGCUCACAGUUCAUGGGAGGACAAGAGAACAGAAAGGCCCACUAACUGGUAUUGCUAGUUGGAAACAUAUAAAGGCUGUAAGGGAAGCCAUAUCAAUACCCAUGCUGGCAAAUGGAAAUAUUCAAUGUUUAGAGGAUGUAUACAGAUGCUUAGAGUACACAAAAGUAGAUGGCAUUAUGAGUGCAGAAGGUAAUCUGACAAACCCAGCAAUAUUUGCAGGAAUUAAUCCAUUGACAUGGGAAAUGGUUGAAGAAUAUCUAGACCUUGUUGACAAAUAUCCUUGUCCAUCUUCUUAUAUAAGAGGCCAUUUAUUCAAAAUAUUCCAUAAAAUAUUUUCAUUUGAAGAAAACAAUGAGGAUAGACAAAUUCUGGCAACAGCUCAAAACUUGGAUGACUUUAGAAGAGUAUGCAUAAAUGUUAAAGAUAAGUAUUUGCCUUAUCAUGAAGGAAAAUUGCAAUUUGACAAUGAUGAAAAUAUAACUAGGAUUGGAUACAAUAUAAUUUUGCCUCCAUGGAUAUGCCAACCUUAUGUGAGGAUGUCACCUGCAGAGCACACAGAGAAAAUGGAGAAAUUGAAUACAGUACAGAAAAAUGUUGCUGAGAAAAGAAAUUGUGAGGAGAUUGACGGUGUACCUUUGUCUAGAAAGAAAAUGAAAAAAUUAAGACGUAUAAUGAGAAGACCAGAGAAACAGGACGCGCAACAAAACAAUAGUAGAAGUGGACAAAUUUGUGUCAACACAAGUUGUCCCAAUCCAUUGGGAGGGAAAUGCCUGUAUCAACUGUGUAAGAAAUGCUGCAGAAAUAAAUGUUACGAAGAGGAUUUAGACUGUAAGGGCCAUGGGAUACUGGUACAUACAAGGCGCGAGACGGCCAAAAAGUUUUCUAGUAAUGGUGAAAAUAACCCGAAAAUUAUAGUACAUUAAUUUGUGUAAAUAGUGUGUUAAUACAAACUCGUGAAACAUAUGUAAAUAUGUGCAUAGUUACCUAUAUUUUUUAAUACAUGGUUCAUGUACCUUAUUUAUACCCAAAAUGAUUUUUACUUAUCAGAAUACAUAUACAAUUUCAGUUAAAUUAAUCAG